UCUCAGUUUCCGUAGGGCAGAGCCCAGAGGCCGAAAGAAACAAUGACAAAUUUGUUUAAUUAUUUUAUUUUUAUAUAUAAAAGGAAACCGAAUCGCAAACAAAGAACGAGAAAUCUGUGUGUCUCUCUGAUCGUGUUCCUAUUCUUCUGGACAAAUCUCUCGGUCUUCAUUUCCCUCUUCAGAUUUUCUCCCUCCCUCUCCUUCGCUCAGGACAGUUAGGAUGUGUUUCUCCAACAACCUUCGUGAGAUAAAACGAAAUAAAACACUGUUGAUUGAUUGCAAUGUAUAUUAAGGGUUAGAAAUGUUGUUCAUUGUAAUUUUGUAAUCAAUACAGUCUAAUUCGUGUAUGGAUACUUUUUUCAAAUGUAUGAGUAACGUGUGACAGAGUGGAUUGCUGUAUUUGAUACUGUGUUUUAUCUUGUUGGAGAAUUCAAAUAAACGUUAUCCAAGAAGUACCAAGUUUUCGGAUGGGUAAUAAACUUGGGAGGAGAAGACAAGUGGUAGAUGAAAAAUAUACUAGGCCACAGGGCCUGUAUAAUCAUAAAAAUGUAGAUCAUAAGAAGCUGAGAAAGCUGAUACUCGAAUCAAAGCUUGCACCCUGCUGUCCUGGUGAUGAAGAGUCUACCUAUGAUCUUGAAGAGUGCCCGAUUUGCUUUCUGUAUUAUCCCAGUCUAAACCGUUCAAGAUGCUGCAUGAAGAGCAUCUGUACAGAGUGCUUUUUGCAGAUGACAGUUCCUAAUUCAACUCAGCCUACACGAUGUCCCUUCUGCAAAACAGCAAAUUAUGCUGUUGUUUAUCGUGGUGUGAAAUCAAAGGAAGAAAGGGUGUUGGAGCAGAUUGAAGAACAGCGUGUCAUAGAAGCAAAAAUCAGGAUGCACCAGCAUGAACUGAAGGAUGAAGAGGAAAGAAUAAAUAAAAGACAAGAAAUAAGCUCUUCAAAUGGAAAUGUGGCGCCUGUGGACGUUGAAUACAGCUCAAAUGCAGCAGCUGGAUCUUCUAUAUCUGUUGUUGAAGGCGAGGAAAUCAGUUUUUCACAUGAUUCUUGUGUCAUCCCAAUGGUUAGACCACCACCACCUGCUAGGACCAAUAGCAGGGAUGAUGAAUUUGAUAUUGAUCUUGAGGACAUAAUGGUCAUGGAAGCAAUCUGGCUUUCCAUCCAGGAAAAUGGCAGGCAGAGAAAUUUAUGUUCUCCUUAUGCUGCUUCUAGACAAUACAUAGCUGAUGAUUGCUAUGUUUCAUCUGCACCGGGUCCACAGAGCGGAUCAUCGUCAUCCCCAUCAGGGGGCCUUGCCUGUGCAAUUGCUGCUCUUGCAGAACGUCAGCAAGUUGGGAGCGAAUCAUCUAUGAGCUCCAUAGAUGGAAAUACACCAUCUUUCAACAUGCUACAAAGAGCCAACGGGUUAUAUAGCAGGCUGGAUAGAGAUUCAGUCAGCUAUCUUCCGGCAGACAACUUGGAUGAGAUUCGACCGAAAACUAUGGCCAUGACUAGGGCUCACGGUGAAUGGGGCAUGACCGAUGUUGCACAGGUGGCUGGUGCAGCAACCAGCUAUGGAGGCUCUUUUACCACAGAAGAUUAUAGUGGCCUUUCUGUAUCACAACUUCAUGACACUGAUGGAAGCGUUGUAAACACCGCAGAUCCCAUAGUUCCGGAGAGCUUUGAGGAGCAAAUGAUGCUAGCUAUGGCUGUCUCGUUGGCGGAGGCACGAGCCGUGUCAAGUGGACAGGGUUCUUCUUGGCAGCUGAGGCUUGGGUUGAGAGUCUGAGUGAAGUUCACAGUUGUGAAAUUUAUUGGAGGAUCUGCAGGAAGAAAAGUAGAUGGCACGUGAUUAAAGAUUUUUGGUCUGGGUUUCUGCGAAGCCGACAAAGGCGUUGCUAUGGUCAAUUUGUAUUGUGCCUUCCCCACUUUUCCUCAUGCUUGCUCAUUUCAUUAAGGGUUUAAUCCGGUGAUGAAGUUUCAAAUGAGUUGCGACUUUGCCUCGAACUUGUGUGUUUGUUCAUUUCUAUUUGAAAUAUCCGUUUGACAUGUCAACUCCAUUAAAUUUCCAACAGAUGAUCAAUAGAAGAUUUUGUUAUAAAUAUUUGAAUGAAUAGUCUGCGAGAUGAGUCUCCUUUUC